UUUUAAAAGAGUCCUUAACAGAAAUACAAUAAAGAAAGACUAAAAGAGUGUGACAUGGAUUCUAUCGGUGCAUUUCAUGAGGUGGAAAAGGAUGGUAAACUAGUUUUGGUAUACCAUCACCCCAAGUAUUCUCCUAUACCCCAAACACUGACGGUAACCUCCUCCGCUGACCCUUCUUUUCAACCUCUUUUCUUAUGUCCUCAUAGACGAUGGAGUAAAAACGCGCCGUCUAUUAUCUAUUCAACCUUUCAUCUGCCCAAUGCUUCCCCCGAGUACACAACGGAUUCUGGUGAUCAUCAUGUAAUGCCUUUGUUUUGGUGCAACAAUAAAAAAUUUGAUAGCAGUGGUGGGUGCUUCGUAUGCGGUAAUUCAAAUUUUGGCACAGACUAUUACUUUUGUGAGCACUGUAAUCAAAGUUUCCACAAAGAAUGCGUUGAGUCUCCACUUCAAAUCAAACAUCCUUACCAUCCUAAGCAUUCUCUCCAACUUUCCCAUUAUAGAUCUCAACUUCGUGAUAAUGAGUGUACCUAUUGUAGAAGAAGUGCAUACUUUCUCCUUUAUCGUUGCACCAUAUGUCAGGUUUUUAUGCAUCCAACAUGUGCGAUGAAACCAAUACCCUUUGUUAUAGACCCACCUAAAAAACAUGCCCACCCUCUCACUUUUUUCCCCAGACAAACUUCCUUAAAUUGUGACGUUUGUGGUUUGUUGAGAAAAAUUUAUCCCACCUACGUUUGUUUCAGAUGUAACUUUGUUGCUCAUAAUGAUUGUAUGAAUUUCCCAAACAUCAUCAAGAUAUCGCGUCACCUACAUCGUAUCUCUUUCACUUUUUCUCUUCCAUCCAGAGAAAGGGUUUGUGGCGUUUGUCGUCAAAUUGCUAACGGUGAUUAUGGUGCAUAUACUUGUGACACAUGUAGCGAUUAUGUUGUUCAUCCAAUAUGUGCUAUAGAGAAGGAUGUGUGGGAUGGAAAAGAACUCGAAGGUGUACCAGAAGAAGACGAUAUAACACAAGAUGAUGGACCGUUCGAGGUGAUAUCUGAAGGAAAGAUACUUCAUUUUCUUCAUAAGCGUUAUCUCCAACUUGAGGUCAGCAAAGUUUAUGACGAAAACAUGCUUUGUCAAGCGUGUGGCCUUCCUAUCUAUGAAGGUAACUUCUAUGUUAGUAUGGCGCGUGAGUACAUCCUCCAUGAAACAUGUGCUAAGGCUCCCCGUAGAAUCCAACAUCCGUUACAUCCUCAUCCACUACAUUUGGAGGUUGAUGAGAGAAGCUUAAAUGAGAGAUAUACUUACAGUUGCAUCGCUUGUGGUUGUCUUUCUCUUGGAUUUGCCUAUGUGUGUAAAUACGGGCUAUGCACGGGGUCGUCGUUAAAGCUAGAUGUAAAGUGUGCUCUAAUUUCUGAGCCGUUUGAAUACGAAGGUCAUGAACAUCCCUUGUUCCUAGCUUUAGGCCCGGAAAUAAAACCCAUAUGUCACGUAUGCAAAACAGAAUGUCUAAAUCCAUUAAAUUGCAUCAAAUGCAAUUUUAUUUUAUGUUUCAAGUGUGCAACCUUACCAUACAAAGCAAGGUAUAAACAUGACCCACACUUUCUCACAAUUUCAUGUGGUGAAGAAGUACGUGCGAAAGAAUGGUGUGAAAUAUGCGAACUUAAUCUAAAAGAUACAUACACAGAAGUAUUCUACCGGUGCAAUGAGUGUUUCACAACUUGUCAUAUCGAAUGCUUACUUGGUGGAAACCCAAAUAUGAAGCCCGGUCAAUAUUUCUAUAUGAGGGGAUCGUGGAUACAAAUUCUUCCCAAAUGUAAUACUUCUCGACCAUCAUGUCAUUCUUGCAAGAAACGUUGUGUAGGGAGAAUAUAUGCUUUACACCGCGAUCGUAUAGCAUGUUCAUAUUACUGUAUGGAAAAUUUGUAUGAACGUUUGUAUGACUUUCGAAUGGUGAGACCAAAUGUUGACAAAAGAAGGUAUAGUUUCUCAAAAAGAUAAAAUAAAUAAAAGUGUAGUUUCUCUUUGACGGUCAUGCUUAGUCUCUUUGUAUUCUAUUCUAUAAUCUUUUUUGACUUAUAUGCUUUAAUUUUGUACCAUUCAAUUUAUGAAUUAUGGUCAAUAUAAUUUUAAUCAAGUAGUUACUGUAUUUUAGUGGGAGAAUGAAGUUUUC